GCACUUGAGUAAAAUUCUCAGAAUAAAUAAUCCAUGAUCAGUUAUACGUAUCACCAAAUUUUACAUCAUAAUAGUGCAAAGCGUGAGAGAAAUCUCUAGUUUUAGGUAAAACCCUUCAUUAAAUAUUUAAGAUACACUUAGCCUUUCGAAGAGAUUGAGAGUUUUGGUGUAGCGUGGUUAUCUGAAUAAUGUACACGAACCCCCUAUCGCUGUAUAAACUUUAAAUACGGAUUAUACAGAUCAGCCAUCAUGCACGUUUCUCAAAAUCUAGGUCGUGCCAUUUUCUUUUCAGUCUUUGGAACUCUCACUGCUUUGCCAAGUUGGGAGCAACUUGAAGCAAACUUGACUCGAAGUAACUUCGACCUACCACCUUGGAUACACACAGGUCAAAUCACACAGGUUAGGACCCAGCUUCUGUUCACCUACAUCCAGUCCGUAACUCUGACGGAGCUGGCCUCGUCGUUUCAUCUGAUACAGAAAUGGGAGGACGUUCGUCUGCAAUUCGACGCCAGUUCCCUGAAUUUCGCGGGGAAAUACGUUUUGUUGGACCUAGACAAAUACGUGAUGAUAUGGACGCCGGAUAGCUACAUCAGCAACGCCAUAUCUGAAGUUCAGCACAGCGUAACCAAACCCAAUGUAUUCAUACGCGUCUAUCCUAACGGAACUUUAGUCAAGAGUACAAGACUAACUGUUCAUACGCCAUGCCCUCUGACGUCACAAGGCUUUCCACGUGGUUCUCAAUCUUGCGAAGUUACAGUCGAAAGUUAUACCUAUUCAUCAACAGAAAUAAGUAUGACUUGGGACCAGAAGAGUCCUUUUCGUUACAAGGGCGAGUUUUCUACCAGAGGGUUAAGUGUUACAAAUAUAAAACAGAGCAGCUGUAAAGACACAACAAAUGAGUACCCCUGUUUAAAAUACGAUGUCGGGAUAGUGAGGGACUUCAGCCAAUACAUAUUACGUAUCUACGUCCCUAGCUUGUUCAUCGUCAUCUUGGGAUGGCUGAGUAUGUGGAUUGACAAGGCUCAAGUCGGCGCGCGCACCAGUCUGGGCGUAUUAUGUGUUCUCUCCAUAGUGACACAACUAGUGGGCGUGGUUUCUAUUGGAAACGGACUAGACGGGGUGCUGGCCAUUGACAUUUGGAUUGCAGUAUGCAUGCUAUUCACCAUUCUGGCACUUUGUGUCUUUGCUGUUGUUCAUAACAUGAAAAGGAGAAGAGAUAAGACCAAAAGCAAAUAUCAGGAGAACUCUGAGGCUGUAGAAGGUAAUGGGCGUUCUUGCUGCCAAAUCCAACACGGAAAAUUACAGAACAUAUUUAGAGUUGUCUACCCAUUCUUAUUCAUAUCAUUCAACAUUGGAUACUGGGCAUAUUUCAUAAACAUUGACUAAUGCUACAGUUUUUGCGCGAUAUGGAAGGAAAAGACAAUUGAUCUAUAAAUUUUUAAAAGAUUCAAUAUAGUAUUUAAUUGUUUUUGUGCAUGUAUUAGAGGAUGUAUUAAUUUCAAAGUUUCAAAGAAACCUAAAUUCACGGAGUAUGGUUCCAUCAGAUUGCUUGGCCUUUUGAACAGUGUUUCUUGCGUCGACUUAAUAUUUCAAUUAAUCAGUUUUUAUUCUUUAAUUUUCCAUUUGCAUUUGUAUUAUUUUCCAUUUGCUCUGCAUAAAUUUCAUAUGUAAACUAAUUCAUCUGUAUUGUAUCUUAAGGAUUGUUCAAGGAAAUUUAUGUAAAAAGGACCAAAUUGUUGUUUACUCCUUAGAAGAGAGC